GUGCCCGGGGUGGGCGCGUUGAGGUGCCCCGCAGCGUGACGGCGGUGCUGGGGCAGGACGUGGUGCUGCCGUGCCGGUACCGGGCGCAGGAGCAGGAGCAGGUGGUGCAGGUGACGUGGCUGAAGCGCGGCGGCGCGGGUGGCACGGGGGGCUCGGUGCCCGCCGAGGUGGCCGUGCUGAACCCGCAGCACGGGGAGCACGUGCAGGAGCCCUUCGCCGGGCGGGUGCUGCGCCACGGGCACGGCGCCCUGGAGGACGGGGCCAUCGUGCUGCGCAACGCCGUGCAGGGAGACGAGGGAGACUACGAGUGCCACCUCAUCACCUUCCCCAUGGGCAACUUCGAGGGCCGACUCACCCUCAGGGUGCUGGUGCCCCCCCUGCCCAUCCUGAACCCGGGCCCGCCGCUGGAGGAGGGCCAGGGCCGCACGCUGGCGGCCUCGUGCACGGCCGAGGGCAGCCCGGUGCCCUCGGUGCGCUGGGAGACCGAGGUGCGCGGCACCAACGCCACGCGCCGCUCCGCACACGCCCGCUCCGCCUCCGUCACCAGCGAGUUCUUCCUCGUGCCCGGGCGCAGCAUGAACGGCAAGAGCCUCACCUGCGUGGUGGCACACCCGGGGCUGCGCCACGAGAAGAGGAUCACGCACACCCUCAGCGUCGCCUACCUGUCGGACGCGUCGGUGCUGGGUCACACGGCCGAGUGGCAGGAGGGGAUGGAGGGGGCGGCCCUGACGUGUCUGGGGGACGGGAACCCCCCUCCCACCUACAACUGGACACGUGUGGACGCUCCUUUGCCGUCGGGGGUGCGUGUGAAGGGGGACACGCUGCUGUUCCUGCGGCCCCUGACGGCCGCCGACGCCGGCGACUACGUGUGCAGGGUGGCCAACAGGGUGGCGGCCAAGGAGGCCCGGGCCAACGUCAGCAUCCGCGGCAGGGCCACAGAGGACCCCGUGCGCCGGGUGGACCUGGUGUCGGCCUCGGUGGUGGUUGUGGGGGUCAUCGCCGCCGUCCUGCUCUGCGUCCUCGUCGUCGUCGUGGUCGUCAUGACCCUCUACCACAAACGCAAGACCAAGCGCAUCUCUGAGAAAUAG